UAGAAAUACGAUGGCCGCCGCCUUACGUUAGUGCUGAAAACACAUAGAAGGGGAGUGAAUGUGUGCGAAAAUGGCUACAAUUAUGCUUGCGCUUUGUGUGAUAUCUAUUGCUUCUUUAAGAUCUUGCUUGUCAGAUGAUGGCCAUGAAAUGGAGGAGUUUCUAAAGAGAGAAUAUUCGUUGUCGAAACCAUAUCAAGGAAUCGGUUCUUCCGGCUCUUCCCACUGGGAGCUGAUGGGUGAUGCCAUGGUAACCACUGAUCAGGUGCGCCUCACUCCAGAUAUGCAGAGCAAGCAGGGGGCAGUGUGGAGCCGCAUUCCGUGUCACUUGAAAGACUGGGAACUGCAGGUGCACUUUAAAAUCCACGGUCAUGGGAAGAAGAACCUGAACGGAGACGGUCUGGCAGUGUGGUACACAAAAGAACGCAUACAGAAAGGUCCAGUGUUUGGAAAUAAAGAUUUCUUCACAGGGUUAGGUGUGUUUGUAGAUACUUACCCUAAUGAGGAAAAACAUAUAGAGGCCCAGAAGAAACGGUACACCCCUCGCACACAGAGGAUCUUCCCGUACAUUUUAGCGAUGGUGGGGAACGGCACCAUCGGAUACGAUCAUGAGCGUGACGGCAGACCCACUGAGCUGGGUGGCUGUAACGCCAUGGUGCGCAACCUCAAACACGACACCUUCCUCUUCAUUAGAUACGUCCGCCGCAGACUUACGGUUAUGAUUGACAUUGAUGGUCAGCAUGAAUGGAGGGACUGUCUGGACAUCCCGGGUGUGCGACUUCCUCAGGGCUACUACUUCGGUGCUACGGCCAUCACCGGAGACCUCUCGGACAACCACGAUCUCAUCUCUCUGAAGCUCUACCAGCUGACGGUACUCCGGAGUAAGCUAGACGAAGACGAUGAGGAAGAGGUCACUGUUCCAAGCGUGGACAAUAUGGAGCUAAUAAGGACCUACCAGGAAGGUGAAGCAAUCAGCAGCAUUGGCAUCUUCUUCACCGUGCUCUUCUCCAUGCUGGGCCUCUUUCUUCUCAUCGUCGUCGGUCUUGUGGUUUACAGCCACUGGACCGAGAGUCGACGCAAGCGUUUCUACUGAGCGAUCCGAAGGCUGAAACUGUGACUAGAACAUGCAAAUUGGGCUCAACGGGUUCACUGGCACCAAAACACUGCCAGCAUCAGUGUGCACCAAGCGAAGGGGUUUGAUUCUGUACACAGGAAAGGCAGGACGAAAGACUCGAGCUUGAGAAUGACAUUUUAAACGGGUUUUAAACAGGAAGAGUGCAGCGAUGUAGGGAACAGGAUUCAACCCCAUACCAGCAGGGCCUUAUCUGUUCAAAAGUGUUUGUCAUUUGUGAUAAAUGCAUUUUAAAUAGCAUGUAAAUAGAAAACUGCCUUUGACUGUGUCUUUUUCACUACAAGUCUCCACUUCCAGUAUUUAUGAAACUGUUAUUCUGUUGAUGUUUUGCAUUAUAUGCCAUGCUAAGAGGGAAUAUAUUUACAUUUACUGCAUUUGGCAGACGGCUUUAUCCAGAGCAACAUACACACAUACAUACACAUAUAUGUAUAUAUAU